GGCGCACUUAGUCGAAAACGCCGGUUUGUGUGGUGGUUGGGAGUGACUCAAAUACUCGGCAGCGACGAUGUUCCGUGCGACCCGCGUCCUUGGCAUGGCCGUCCAGAAGACGACGACGGGCCUCGUGGGCCUCAAGGUGAACCCGAACUGGCGCAGCGACCUCAUCCACCUCUACGGCGAGACGCUCAAGGCGACCGCGACGCACUUGCCCGAGUGCCACUACCGCACGUCGGUGGAGCAGAUCACCAACUUUCGCCUCAAGGUCGUGACGGACAACACCGAUGAAAACAUUGUCGAGAAGACUGUCAACUGCGGCCAGGUCGAGGAAUUAAUAGAGCAGGCCGAGGACGAGCUGUUCUUGAUCCCCAAGUACGCCGAAUGGCGCUUGUGGGAACCCCCGGUCGCCCCGAAGGACCAGUAAAGACGAUGCGCUCGAACGUUCGUGCCUGCCUACAAUGGCUGCCCGUAACCUGUAAUCCGAUGAACCUCCAUGUUGUUCAUCCACGACUAUGAUGCUCUCCAUCGUCCACUCAAUGGGUCAUUCGCCUGCACGACUACAUGGCCAUCACUGGCACGGACGAGAAGACAUGGCAAAUACAGCGUGUUGGUUGAUAGC